AUGUCUGUCCUCAGCGUCUCCCUCUCCUCUACCCACUCCUUCUCUAAACCCCCAGUUCCCUCCAUCACCCUUCUCCCCAACCUCGGUGUCCAGGGCGACGUCCACGCCGGCACCACCGUGCAACACCUCUCCCGAAAACACAUCCAGCCCCCUCCACUCAACCUCCGCCAAGUUCACCUCAUCCACGCGGAAGUCCUCUCCCAAGCUACUGCUUCCACGGACAUCCCGCUCAAGCCGGGGCAACUAGGAGAAAACAUCACCACCACGGGAAUAAACCUGUUGUCCCUCGGUAAGGGGACAAAGCUCCGUUUCGUGGGCGAAGAGAAACCGGAUGACCAUGAUGAUGCCCCUGUGGUGAUGGUGACUGGGCUGCGCAACCCAUGUCCGCAAAUUGAUAAGUUUCAGGCGGGCCUGAAGGAGAAGUUCGUGGUGCGCGAUGCGCAGCGGAAGAUUGUUCAGCGCAAAGCGGGGAUUAUGGGGGUCGUGGAAGUCGGUGGUGAGGUGAAACCGGGUAUGAGAAUUGUGGUGGAGAAGCCUGCGGUUCAUGAACCGUUGGAGUGUGUUUGA